AUGCCGAUCGCAGCUCUUCGGGAACAGAAAGGCAAAGGCGCAGAGAGCGGGACGGGAAACCGCUUGGGGUCGAAGCGCCAGGCUGGGCGGAGGCGAAUUUUGUUUCUCUUCCUGCUGUCUUUGUUCCGCCUGGCGCUUUUGGAGCAAGUCCGCUACACUAUUCCAGAGGAGCUGGCCAGGGCCUCGCUGGUGGGGAACCUCGCCAAGGAUCUGGGGCGUGGCGUGCGAGAUUUGCAUACACGGAACCUGCGGGUUAGUGUAGAGAAGAAAUUCUUCACAGUGAGCACCGAGAACGGAGACUUACUUGUGAGCGACCGUAUAGACUGAGAGCAGAUUUGUGGCAAGAAGUCGAUGUGUGUUCUGGAAUUCGAAAUGGUCGCUGAAAAGCCUUUGAACUUUUUUCAUAUAACCUUGGUGAUUCAAGAUGUCAUCGACAACCCACCGACCUUUAGCCGAAAUGUCACUGAGCUGCAAAUCAGUGAACUGGCCCUAACUGGAGCCACCUUAGCCCUGGAAUCUGCACAAGAUUCAGAUGUAGGUGUCAAUUCUCUGCAGCAAUACUACCUCAACCCUGACCCUCAUUUCUCUUUGAUCCAGAAGGAGAACCCAGACGGCAGUAGGUACCCAGAACUGGUAGUGCAGGCUCCCCUGGACAGAAAAGAGCAGUCUUGCCACCACCUGGUCCUCACGGCUGUGGAUGGGGGUGAGCCAGCCAGAAGCUGCACUACGAAGAUCAGGGUAGUUGUGGCAGACGCAAAUGAUAACCCCCCAGUGUUCACCCAGGACAUGUACAGGGUCAGUGUUCAAGAGAACCUACCCCUGGGUUCCUCUGUGCUAAGAGUGAUGGCCACUGACUUGGAUGAGGGCAUCAAUGCUGAGAUCACCUACGCUUUUAUCAAUAUUGGUAAGGCAGUGAGACAACUGUUCAAGCUGGACAGUAAAACAGGGGAACUCACCACUGGUGGAGGACUGGACGUUGAAGAGAGAGGGAGAUACACAGUUGGGGUGGAAGCAAAGGAUGGUGGACGUCACACUGCACAUUGCAAACUACAAAUAGAUAUUUUGGAUGAAAAUGACAAUGCUCCCGAGAUAACCCUGGAUUCUGAAUCUAAAUAUAUACAAGAAGAUGGUGAGCUGGGGGCUGUGGUUGCCUUGAUCAAAACACAUGAUCUAGAUUCUGGAUUUAAUGGGGAGAUCUUAUGCCAACUAAAAGGAAAUUUCCCAUUUUAAAUAGUUCAAGAUACAAAAAACACAUACAAGCUGGUGACAGCCUUAGAUCGAGAGAAGACUCCGGAAUACAAUGUCACUAUCACAGCUACUGACAAGGGCAAGCUGCCCCUCUCCUCUAAAAGAAGUGUCACCUUGAAAGUCGCUGAUGUCAACGACAAUGCUCCGGUUUUCCACCAGGCCUCCUACGUGGUCCACGUGGCAGAAAACAACCCGCCCGGCGCCUCCAUCGCCCAAGUUAGAGCUUCAGACCCAGACUUGGGGCCCAACGGCCACGUCUCCUAUUCCAUCGUGGCCAGCGACCUGGAGGCGCGCGCGCUGUCGUCCUACGUGUCCGUGAGCGCGCAGAGCGGCGUGGUGUUCGCGCAGCGCGCCUUCGACCACGAGCAGCUGCGCGCCUUCGAGCUGACGCUGCAGGCCCGCGACCACGGCUCGCCCGCGCUCAGCGCCAACGUGAGCCUGCGCGUGCUGGUGGGCGACCGCAACGACAACGCGCCCAGGGUGCUGUACCCGGCGCUGGGGCCCGAUGGCUCGGCGCUCUUCGACACGGUGCCGCGCGCCGCGCAGCCCGGCUACCUGGUCACCAAGGUGGUGGCGGUGGACGCCGACUCUGGACACAACGCCUGGCUGUCCUACCACGUGCUGCAGGCCAGCGAGCCCGGACUCUUCAGCGUGGGGCUGCGCACGGGCGAGGUGCGCACGGCGCGGGCCCUGGGCGACAGGGACGCGGCCCGCCAGCGCCUGCUGGUUGCUGUGCGCGAUGGGGGACAGCCGCCCCUCUCGGCCACCGCCACGCUGCUCCUGGUUUUCGCGGACAGCCUGCAGGAGGCGCUGCCGGACCUCAGUGACCACUCUGAGCCCACUGACCCCCAGGCUGAGCUGCGGUUUUACCUGGUGGUGGCCUUGGCCUUGGUCUCGGUGCUCUUCCUCCUGGCACUGAUUCUGGCGGUUGCUCUGAGUUUGCGACGCUCCUCCAGCCCCGCCACCUGGAGUUGCUUUCAGACUAGUUUUUGCUCCAAAACUGGACCCGGAGUUCUCCCCAACUAUGGGGAAGGGACUUUACCAUAUUCCUACAAUCUGUGUACUGCCACACAUUCUCCAAAGACUGAGUUUAAAUUUCUCAAUAUAAAGCCUGAAAAUGCUCCACCACAAGAUCUGUAUAAUGAAGCCUUUUGGCUUGAAAGUACCAGUAAUGACAAUCCCCAAAUUACUUGUAAUUCAGUCAAUUUGCAACGGGUGAGUUACUUCAAAACCUUUUCCUCCCAUAAGUAUAAUUAG